GAUAUAGAGGAGCAAGUGAGAAAUAUCCAAGCUAAAAAAGUAUCAUUGAAAGAUGAAACAGAAAAAGUUGGUUUAGGAGCCUUAGGAAGCUAUGAUUUAGAUAUCUAUGGUGGACAAGAUAACAGAUUUACUGGAUAUGUUACUUCUAUUGCCCCUAAUGAUGAAGUUGAUGAAGAUGAAGAUGUAUCAGCUUCAUUUCCCAAAAGGUCGUCUUAUACAGCACCGCUCAAUUUUUUACAUGAAACAGCCAACGAUAAGGUUAGUGACUAUGAUCCAAUGGCAGAACACAGAGUGCCCAAAAUCACAGAUCGUGAAGAUGCUUAUCAAGCUCGUAGACGUCAGAUGAUUAUCUCCCCUGAAAGAUAUGAUCCCUUUGCUGAUGGUGGUAAAACUCCCGAUCCUAAAUUGGCUGCCAGAACAUAUGCUGAUGUUAUGACUGAGUUGCAGAUCGAUAAAGAACAGGCUGGUCUGCGAAAACAAAUGACAGAGAAAGCCAAAACUGGUGAUUUACAACCAAUAGCCAAUGGCAAUAAAGAAUCACAGAAGAAGGUGCCAGCUAAAAGACGACGUUGGGAUCAGUCGGCAGGUGGUGAUGAAACACCAGCCAAGAAAAAAUCUUCAACAUGGGAUGCUGCAGAAGCAGGAGGCACCCCAUCAAAUAGUCGUUGGGAUGAAACUCCUGGAAGAAGUAAAGGAUCAGAAACACCUGGUGCCACUCCGGGAGCCAGCACACGAAUGUGGGAUUCAACACCUGGUCAUGCUACACCUGGAGCUGCCACACCUGGUAGAGAUACACCUGGAAAUCAGCCCACACCAAGUGCUAGACGAAAUAGAUGGGAUGAAACACCCAAAACUGAAAGAGGAACCCCAGGCCAUGGUAGUGGAUGGGCAGAAACUCCUAAAACAGAUAGAGGUGGUGACCUUAUAGAAGACACACCUACACCUGGAGCCAGUAAACGUAGGUCAAGAUGGGACGAAACUCCUGGAGCUAACACACCUGGUGGUAUGACUCCAAGCAUGACUCCAGGUGGAAUGACUCCUACCAUGACUCCAGCUAUGGCUAUGGCCACACCAACACCUGGUCAUUUGAUGUCCAUGACUCCAGAACAGAUGCAGGCUUAUUCCUGGCAGAGAGAAAUUGAUGAAAGAAAUAGACCAUUGCCUGAUGAUGAACUGGAUGCGAUGUUGCCACCUGGUUAUAAGGUUAUUCAACCACCAGCAGGCUAUAUACCAAUCCGUACACCAGCUCGUAAACUGAUAGCUACACCUACUCCCAUGGCUGGUACUCCAGUAGGUUUUAGGAUGCAGACACCAGACAGUAAAACACAGAUUGUAGACAUGCAACCUAAAGGCAAUCUACCCAUGAUGAAACCAGACGACAUGCAGUAUUUUGAUAAAUUAUUAGUUGAUGUUGAUGAAGAAACAUUGAGUCCAGAAGAACAGAAAGAAAGAAAGAUUAUGAAAUUAUUGUUGAAGAUUAAGAAUGGUACUCCCCCGAUGAGAAAGGCUGCCUUACGUGUGGUGACAGAAAAAGCUAGAGAAUUUGGAGCUGGACCAUUGUUUAAUCAGAUUCUACCAUUACUGAUGUCCCCAUCAUUAGAAGAUCAGGAGAGACAUUUACUAGUCAAAGUUAUUGAUCGUAUCCUAUAUAAGCUAGAUGAUCUGGUUCGACCCUACGUACAUAAAAUAUUGGUGGUUAUUGAACCUCUGUUGAUUGAUGAGGACUACUUCGCUCGUGUUGAAGGCAGAGAAAUUAUAUCUAAUUUAGCUAAGGCUGCUGGCCUAGCUACUAUGAUCUCUACAAUGAGACCUGAUAUUGAUAACAUGGAUGAAUAUGUCCGUAACACUACAGCAAGAGCCUUUGCUGUUGUGGCCUCUGCACUUGGUAUACCAGCUCUCCUGCCCUUUCUAAAAGCUGUGUGCAAGAGUAAGAAAUCUUGGCAAGCUAGACAUACUGGUAUCAAGAUUGUACAACAGAUAGCUAUUCUGAUGGGCUGUGCUAUUUUACCACAUUUAAAGAAUUUGGUCGAAAUUAUUGAACAUGGUUUGGUUGAUGAGCAACAAAAAGUACGAACUAUCACAGCCUUAGCCCUGGCUGCACUUGCUGAGGCAGCUACACCUUAUGGCAUUGAAUCUUUUGAUAGUGUUCUCAAACCAUUGUGGAAGGGUAUUCGACAACAUAGAGGAAAGGGUUUAGCUGCGUUUUUGAAAGCUAUUGGUUACCUUAUUCCGUUGAUGGAUGCUGAGUAUGCUAAUUAUUAUACUAGAGAAGUCAUGUUGAUCUUAAUUCGAGAGUUUCAAUCUCCUGAUGAAGAAAUGAAGAAAAUUGUCUUAAAGGUAGUAAAGCAGUGUUGUGCCACUGAUGGUGUAGAACCACAAUAUAUUAAAGAUGAGAUUCUUCCUCCAUUCUUUAAACAUUUCUGGAACCAACGUAUGGCAUUGGAUCGUAGGAAUUACAGACAGUUGGUAGACACAACAGUAGAGAUAGCUAAUAAAGUUGGAGCAGCAGAGAUUACAGGUCGAGUAGUAGAUGAUUUAAAAGAUGAAGCUGAACAGUAUCGUAAAAUGGUAAUGGAGACUAUAGAGAAGAUUAUGGGAAAUUUAGGAGCUACUGAUAUAGAUUCUAGGCUAGAAGAACAACUUAUUGAUGGUAUCUUAUAUGCUUUUCAAGAACAGACAACAGAGGAUGUGGUAAUGUUAAAUGGUUUUGGUACUGUAGUUAAUGCUCUAGGUAAGCGUGUCAAACCCUACCUACCUCAGAUAUGUGGUACAAUAUUAUGGAGGUUAAAUAAUAAAUCCGCUAAAGUACGUCAACAAGCAGCAGAUUUGAUCUCACGUAUUGCUGUUGUUAUGAAAACAUGUCAAGAGGAGAAAUUAAUGGGUCAUCUGGGUGUUGUACUAUAUGAAUACCUAGGAGAAGAAUAUCCUGAAGUAUUAGGUAGUAUACUAGGAGCUCUAAAAGGUAUUGUGAAUGUAAUUGGGAUGACUAAAAUGACACCACCAAUUAAAGAUUUACUACCAAGAUUAACCCCUAUUCUUAAAAACAGACAUGAGAAAGUACAAGAGAAUUGUAUAGAUUUAGUAGGACGUAUAGCUGAUAGAGGGGCUGAGUUUGUUUCUGCCAGGGAAUGGAUGAGGAUAUGCUUUGAAUUAUUAGAAUUAUUGAAAGCUCACAAAAAGGCUAUCAGAAGAGCUACUGUUAAUACUUUUGGUUACAUUGCUAAAGCUAUUGGUCCACAUGAUGUCCUGGCUACAUUACUUAAUAAUUUGAAGGUACAAGAACGUCAGAAUCGUGUCUGCACUACUGUAGCUAUUGCUAUUGUAGCUGAAACAUGUUCACCAUUUACUGUCCUGCCUGCCUUGAUGAAUGAAUACCGUGUUCCAGAACUCAAUGUUCAGAAUGGUGUUCUCAAGUCUUUAUCAUUCAUGUUUGAAUAUAUCGGUGAAAUGGGAAAAGAUUAUAUUUAUGCUGUUACUCCACUUUUAGAAGAUGCUCUUAUGGACAGAGAUUUGGUACACAGACAAACUGGUAUGGCUGCUAUACAACACAUGGCCCUGGGUGUUUAUGGUUUUGGAUGUGAAGAUGCCCUGACACAUUUAUUGAAUUAUGUUUGGCCAAAUGUUUUUGAAACAUCUCCCCAUGUUGUACAAGCAUUUAUGGGAGCAGUAGAAGGUAUUAGAGUAGCGAUUGGUCCUUCAAAAAUACUACAGUAUGUCUUACAGGGAUUAUUCCAUCCAGCUCGUAAAGUAAGAGAUGUUUAUUGGAAGGUAUAUAAUACAGUUUAUAUUGGUGCCCAGGAUGGAAUGAUACCAGCCUAUCCUAGAAUUCCUAAUGAUGCUAAAAAUCAAUAUCUUCGUUAUGAACUGGAUUAUAUUUUAUAGAUAAAAAUAUCAACCAAUAUUAUUUUUAUUCCACAAAUUUGGUAUCAUGUUAUGUUUGGAUUGUAUCAUAUAGAUUUGUUUAGCAAAAAAUUAAGGCUGUAAAACUCCAUUUCAUUUCAUACCAUUUCAAGCAAUGUUCCAGUUUUGUCAAUCCCAUUAAAGGUUAUAUGCACAUUCAGCAGGGUUUAAGAUUCAAAGCACAGGAGUUUUCAAUUCUGCCUUCAUUUUGAAAUUUUACCACAAAAGUUUCAGGAUGCAUUCUUUUGAAGUCAUUUUUUCAUUCAUAUUAUGUAUAUAUUGUGUAAAUAUAAUUUUCAAAAAAAUACUUUAAUAGUUGCUUGUUUCAUUGUCAUAUUUCAUUUAUAAGUUGUACUCUGAUAAUCAUGCAGGCAAGACUGCUGGCAAGAAAUAUUUGGAUUAUUUGGUCUUGUAAAGAAAAAGUCUAGUUUUUUUUUAAAAUGUCAAUAGUAAUCAACGAAACAUGUACUUUGUCCAUCAGAAAUUAUGUGAAAGAGCGUCUUAUUGUUGCAAUAGAUAUACAACUUAUAACUAUUAUUUCAGUUAUGCUUUUAUAGUGCUAAUAUUUGUUGUAAUCAAGAACUAUGUGUGUAAAUAAAUCUUGUACAGGGAA